AUGGGCUGUGGCGAUGGCGGCAAAGGCAUGCGCCGUCUUGCUUUCAAGGUCCUCUGCCCAAACGAGCUCAUCGCACGUAUUAUGGGUAAGGGUGGGGCUCGCAAAGACCAACUCCAGAGCGAAGCAGGCUGCCGUAUCGUGGUCAGCGGCCGCGACGAGUUCUUUCCUGGCACUCGCUGGCGAGUCCUGUUGAUUUACAGUGACAGGUCAGAGGCAAUCCUUGCAGUGAUGCAGCAUGUGAUUCGCGAUGUCAUCGAAUGUGGUGCAAAAGAGUCACCAAAUCCAGAGGCGGACUUCCUGGGCCCAGACCGUGGAUCGUACAUUGUUCGAUGUGUGGUCACAAAGCAGAUGUCAUCUGCAAUCAUUGGCCCGAAGGGCAACAAUGCCCGGGCCAUUAGAGAGGAGUCUGGAUCCAAGGUCGUCAUCGACCCCAACAUAACUGCGGGGCAUCAAUUUGUGAAGCUCGUGGGUGAGCCGCAAGGCUUGCGAAUUGCUUUGGCUAGAGUCAAUCAGUAUGUUCAAGAGCAGUACGGAAGUCCCACGUACAUGGAGUGGGCAACCAUCAAAAGCUUCGAUGGCGCUGGGAACCCGAUCCAUUCAGGCCCUGCAGAGACGGGCUUUAGCUAUGGUAGUGUUCACGGCCAUAUGGGCAAGGGAGGGGCCGAAUGGCCAGACGAGCGUGAGCGAACUCCUAGACAAGGUGCAACUGCUACACCUGCACAAUGGAGCGGUUCCAAGGGUGUCGUUGUGCCACCGCAGCCGCCUGUGUCGGUGUCCGGAGAUGAUCCCGAGACCGAUCUCCUCUCCGCCCUGAGCUCCACUGCGGAAGGGUUUCCAGCAGGCACGUUGGACAUGGAGUACACCAUCACCUGCGAGCUGCCGAGUGAGAAGGUUGGCCUCCUCAUAGGCAAGCGCGGAGAGGAUGUACAGCGUAUCCGCAAGACGACCGGAACCUACAUCCACUUUGACCCGGCACAAGAUGGUAGCGAUGGUCAGACCCUCACCAUCAGGGGACCUUUGCUGAAAGUAUAUCGCGCCCAUGCGCUGCUUAUGAGAAGAUACCACGAGACACAGGCCGAAGAAGCUCCACACAACGGUACGAGCACGAAUGGUGACAGCGAUCAAAAAGUGCAGGCGCUGGAGGAGCAGCUGCAAGCCAUGCAGCGGCAGCUGGCAGAAGUCAAGCAGCUGCAGCAAAGCAACACGAGUCUCGGCCAAGCUGCAUACGGGGACAUCUUGACAUCGAUGAGGGCCGAAUGCCGCUCCUGUAACUGUGAAAGGCCGCGGAAGCGGCAAAGGUUCAAAGAAAGGCCGAUGAAGGACGAGGACGCCCACAUGCGUCUCCAGAAGGGCUCUGAAGCUCGACGUCGGAACCUCUUAAGCGGUAACAGGCCAGGCCAGGAGUGGUCUCCCCCGCUUCAAUCCCUGACGGCUCCUGCGCUGGCAGAUGCAGGAGCACAGGUCCCUCCCCGCGUGUUCACCCAAACAGAGGUUCAGGAUAUGAGCAUUGCAUCGCUGUUUGCCAGUGUGGCGAAGAGCCAUGGGCUUUAUGGCUACACCGCUACACCUUCUGUCAGAGACGCGCCAGCCAUGGAAUUCUCUGAAAGGCACCCUGUGAGCCUGGUCAAUCCCUGCCUCGGCAGUGCGACUUGCAACGUAAAAGGUGCGCCCGUGCACCGGCUGAUGUCACUCGCAGGGCAGUCGGGAGUCAAAUUCUUUACCACACCAGGAAUCGGAGCCUGCUGUUGUGGGGAGCCAACUGGAAAAAAGACGCAGGUGAAGCAGCGGUGGUCCGAGGCCAUCGCCACGAAAGUGGCGACCGUCGUGAAUCGUGAAAAAGCGGCCGGACGGCUCGGUCAAGGCGCGGUUCUUGAAAGAGAUGCAGGUCCAGCGGCCGUGGAGGGUGUCCUCGCCCUUCUCCAGCUUCUGUCGGUGGACACCGGAACCUGCGGGUCAGAGAUGAAGAGGGGGCCACUACGCGUCCCCGUUGGCUUCACCGCCGCCCCUCUUGCAGAAGGGUGGCUGCUAGCACAGUAA